GGAGGAGGAGGAGGAGGAGGAGGAGGAGGAAGCACAGCUGGCGAUGGCACUGCAGAGAUCCAUAAGGGAGAAGGAGAAGGAGGAAGAGGAGGAGGAAGCACAGCUGGCGAUGGCACUGCAGCGCUCUAUGAAGGCGGAAGAGGAGGAGGAGGAAGAAGAGGAGGAAGCACAGCUGGCGAUGGCACUGCAGAGAUCCAUAAGGGAGAAGGAGAAGGAGGAAGAGGAGGAGGAAGCACAGCUGGCGAUGGCACUGCAGAGAUCCAUAAGGGAGAAGGAGAAGGAGGAAGAGGAGGAGGAAGUACGGCUGGCAAUGGCACUGCAGCGCUCUAUGAAGGCGGAAGAGGAGGAGGAGGAAGAGGAGGAGGAAGCACAGCUGGCGAUGACACUGCAGCGAUCCAUAAGGGAGAAGGAGAAGGAGGAAGAGGAAGAGGAAGUACGGCUGGUGAUGACACUGCAGAGAUCCAUAAAGGAGAAGGAGAAGGAGGAAGAGGAGGAGGAAGUACGGCUGGCGAUGGCACUGCAGCGCUCUAUGAAGGAGGAAGAGGAGGAGGAGGAAGAGGAGGAGGAAGCACAGCUGGCGAUGGCACUGCAGCGAUCCAUAAGGGAGAAGAAAGAGGAAGAGGAAGAGGAGGAGGAAGCACAGCUGGCGAUGGCGCUGCAGCGCUCUAUGAAGGAGGAAGAGGAGGAAGAGGAGAAGGAAGUGCAGCUGGCGAUGGCGCUGCAGCGAUCCAUGAGGGAGAAGGAGGAGGAAGAAGAGGAGGAGGAAGCACGGCUGGCGAUGGCGCUGCAGCGAUCCAUGAGGGAGAAGGAGGAGGAAGAAGAGGAGGAGGAAGCACAGCUGGCGAUGGCGCUGCAGUGCUCUAUGAAGGAGGAAGAGGAGGAAGAGGAGAAGGAAGUGCAGCUGGCGAUGGCGCUGCAGCGAUCCAUGAGGGAGAAGGAGGAGGAAGAAGAGGAGGAGGAAGCACGGCUGGCGAUGGCGCUGCAGCGCUCCAUGAUGGAUAAGAAAAAGGAAGAGGAAGAGGAGGAGGAGGAAGCACAGCUGGCGAUGGCGCUGCAGCGCUCUAUGAAGGAGGAAGAGGAAGAGGAGGAGGAAGCACAGCUGGCGAUGGCACUGCAGCGCUCCAUGAUGGAUAAGAAAAAGGAAGAGGAAGAGGAGAAGGAGGAAGCACAGUUGCUGAUGGCCCUGCAGCGAUCCAUGAAGGAGGAAGAGGAAGAGGAGGAGGAAGCACAGUUGCUGAUGGCCCUGCAGCGCUCUAUGGAGGAGGAAGAGGAAGAUGAGGAGGAGAAAGCACAGUUGCUGAUGGCCCUGCAGCGCUCUAUGGAGGAGGAAGAGGAGGAAGAGGAGGAGGAAGCCCAGCUUGGACUGACCCUGCAUUGCACUGCAGAGGAGGAAGAGGAGGAAGCCCAGCUGCUGAUUGCCCUGCAGCGCUCUAUGGAGGAGGAAGAGGAGGAAGAGGAGGAAGAGGAGGAGGAAGCCCGGCUUAGACUUGCCCUGCAGCGCUCUAUGGAGGAGGAAGAGGAGGAAGAGGAGGAGGCAGCCCAGCUUGGACUGGCCCUGCAUUGCCCUGCAGAGGAGGAAGAGGAGGCAGAGGAGGAUGAAGAGGAGGCAGCCCGGCUUAGACUGGCCUUGCAUUGCCCUAGGAAGGAGGAAGAGGAUGAGGAUGAGGAUGAAGAGGAGGCAGCCCGGCUGGCAGCUCUGGAGUCCUCCCUGCUGGACGCGCUGCCGGCGGCGGACGCGGCGGAGCUGCGGUUGUUCGCCGCGUCGGAGAGCGACGCCGCGGCGGCGACGGCGGCGCUGCGUUCGGCGCUGGGGGCGGAGCUGCGGGAGCUGCGGGUGCGGGACGGAGCGCUGCCGGCGUUGCCGUCCGUUUGCGUGGCGCUGUUGAGGCGUCGGCACGCAGUACGGCUACGGAUCCGGGACCGAACCGCCACCGUCUGCGGCUUCAGGGAUUUUUGCGUGGCGGCCGUCCGGGAGCUCCGGGAGACGCUGAGGGUGAUGAGGGGGGACGGCGGGGCGGUGAGAGCGCCGGGCGAUGCCGCGGCGGCGGUGUGGGUGCGGUGGGACACAUCGGGCACAGCGGUGCCGUACGGAGCGGAGGACGGAGCGGUGCUGGAGGCGCUGUGGCGGCGCGGGGGGCGCCGGGCGCGGGCGGUGCUGUGCGGCCGCGGCGUCACCGUGGACCUGCGGCGGAUGGAGCUGUGCCACCCUGAUGGCACCGCAAUGCCGCUCACACGCAGCGCCGUGACGCCCAGCCUGCGGCGCCUGCUCGGCCCGGAUUCGUUGGGCGCGGAGGAGGCGGUUCGGCUGCUGCCAUUGGUGGAGGGCUCCGAUGAGUUCGCCAACGCCGUGCGCCGCUUCUAUGGCAGCCUAUGGGAGCUGCGUGGGCACAUCCGAGUGCUGAGGGCGCAGCAGUUGAUCCACCCGCGCCUUUACGGGCAGUUCCGGCGGCGCUGCGCCGAGUUGGAGCGGAGGGGGGACGGCGCGUGGACGGAACAGCUGCUGUUCCACGGCACCACCGCCCCCCGCGGGCUCGCGAUCUGCCUGCACGGCUUCCGAGCCCCCCCGGCUCUCCCGGCGUUCCUUUGGCGGUGUCGGCGGCUGUGGCGCUCCGACGGUUCCAUUCGCCGCCCUCUCCCGACGGCACUCAGUGCGUUUUGGUGGUCCGAGCGUUGUGCGGUCGGGAGAGACCCCCGAACCGCCGCGGGGAACCCCGCAACGCGCGUCGCCGCGCCGUCCGCUUCUGCUGCCCUACGGCCGCAUACCCGCUGUACGUGCUCAGCUGCGUGCGCGUGCCCGAGGAGCGCGACCGGCUGCGUGCGCGUGCCCGCUGAUGGACGGGAGGAGCCGCGCGCGGAUGGAAACCGUCGAGAGUGCCAUACUGUGCCAUACGGUGCCAUGGACUCACCAGGAGUGCCAUACUGUGCCAUGGAUUCACCAGGAGUGCCAUACUGUGCCAUACUGUGCCAUACUGUGCCAUGGACCCACCAGGAGUGCCAUACUGGGCUAUACUGUGCCAUGGACUCACCGGGAGUGCCAUACUGUGCCAUGGACUCACCAGCAGUGCCAUACUGUGCCAUGGACCCACCAGGAGUGCAUUGCUGUGCCAUACUGUGCCAUGGACUCACCAGCAGUGCCAUACUGUGCCAUGGACCCACCAGGAGUGCAUUGCUGUGCCAUACUGUGCCAUGGACUCCCCAGGAGUGCAUUGCUGUGCCAUACUGUGCCAUACUCAGUGCCAUACUGUGCCAUGGACUCACCGUGGUGGCGGUGCGGUGCCGCGUGCUGCCCAAGAAGGCCAUGUUUUGCCCCAUGCUGUGUGUUGUGUGGUUGGUGUGA